AUGACAAACACAAAGGGAAAGAGGAGGGGAAUCCAGUAUAUGUUCUCUAGGCCUUUUAGAAAACAUGGGGUUGUUCCUUUGGCCACAUACAUGAGAAUCUACAAAAAGGGUGAUAUUGUAGACAUCAAGGGAAUGGGUACUGUUCAAAAAGGAAUGCCAUUCAAAUGUUGCCAUGGCAAAACUGGAAGAGCCGGAGUCUACAGUGUUACCCAGCAUGCUGUUGGCAUUGUAAACAAGCAAGUUAAGGGUGAGAUACUUGCCAAGAGGAUUAAUGUGCAUAUUGAGCAUAUUAAACACUCAAAGAGUCGAGAUAGCUUCCUGAAACGGGUCAAGGAAAAUGAUCAGAAAAAGAAGGAAGCCAAAGAGAAAGGUACCUGGGUUCAACUGAAGUGCCAACCUGCCCCACCCAGAGAAGCACACUUUGUAAGAACCAAUGGGAAGGAGCCUGAGUUCUUGGAACUUAUUCCCUAUGAAUUCAUGGCAUGAGCUGGGGAUGUAACUCUGCCAAGUAGCACAUAAUUAUCUGCUGAGUGCUCUAAACCCUACUUAAAAAAUCAUCCUGUGUUGUAAGGAUGGUUUUCUUAAUUGAACAGGUGUGUGGUGCCUUUACCUCAGAGAAACAAAUAUUUGGAGCAGAUUCUCAUUAUACCUAGUUAACUGUGUCAGGUCUUUACUCUUCAGUG